AUGAAUGGAAUGGUGCUAGUUGCUGGUGGUAACAAUGAUCAUCCUGUAGACAGCGCUGAAUUGUAUGAUCCAUCAACAGAAACUUGGACAAUUACUGGUAGCAUGAAUGACACACGAUAUGGACAUACUGCAACUGUAUUACCGAAUGGAAAAGUAUUAGUUACUGGCGGAUUUACUGGUGAGGUUUUUCUUAAUAGUGCUGAGUUGUAUGAUCCAUCAACAGGAACUUGGACAACUACUGGCAGCAUGAAUGAUGCACGAAAUUUUCACGCAGCAUCCUUGUUAAAAAAUGGAAAAGUAUUGAUUACUGGUGGGUUUAAUGGUACUAUUAUUGUAAACACUGCUGAACUAUAUGAUCCAUCAACAGAAAUUUGGACAAAUACUGGUAAUAUGACUGAUGCACGAGAUGGACACACAGCAUCUGUAUUAACAAAUGGAAAAGUUUUAGUCACUGGCGGAUUUACAACGUUGUUAACAAAUGGAAAAGUGUUAGUUACUGGCGGAUCGGAUGGUACUACUGCUACAAAUAGCACUGAGUUAUAUGAUCCAACAACAGGAACUUGGGAAGUUGGUGAUAGCAUGCGUAGUCCACGAGAUUUUCAUGUAGCAUCCAUAUUAACAGAUGGAAGAGUAUUAGUUAUUGGUGGAUUUAAUGAUAUUCAUGCUAUAAAUAGUGCUGAGUUGUAUUAUUCAUCAAUAGGAACUUCGACAAACUGA